GCCACCGCAGCACGAAGCCGCGCGUCCUCCUCCGCUACCGCCAGCACCUCCGCGAUCUGCAGCCCGGCCGCCGUGCGAAGCCGGGCGUUAUCCGCGAGGCACGGGACGUGCCGAUGCCGCACGUCGGGGGCGGCACGGGCCCAGGCAGCGCGCCCCCGACGCACUCCUCGCCCGCGGCGGUGCUGCUCUUCCCCCCGCCGGGGGCGCAGCAGCCGCCAGCCGCGGCCCCCGGCGACGGAGGAGGCGAGACGACCCCGCCGGAGCGCUUGCCGCCGGCGAGGGCGAGCCUGGCGCCCACGCUGACCCGCACGUCGUCGUCGCCCGCGCUCCCCUUCCAGGCGUCCAUGGGGGCCUCCGGGGUUGGCGGCAAGUGCGCACCUGGGCACCACGCGCAGAGGGCGCGGCCAGCCACCCCGCCCGAGCCCUGCGCCCCAGCCCCGCGGGCACUCGCGCCCGCGAGCGCGAGCGCGAGCCCGAGCGCCAGCGCGAGCGCCAGCGCCAGCGCCAGCGCCAGCGCCAGCGCCAGCGCCAGCGCGAGCCCGAGCGCGAGCCGAGGGCCGCCCCGCGCGCCCGCGCCGCCCCGCUCCACCCCGCGCCGCCGCGCGCGCCCCGCGCCCCCCCAUGGUCCUGCGGGCGCAGUGGCUGGCGCGCGGCCCGCGCUCGCGGUGCUGCAAGAGGCGCUCCAGCGGGCCGACGGCCGCGCGACCGGCCGCGGAGGGCGGCCGCGGCGCCGCGGAGGGCGGCUCGGCGCGGUGCCGCCGCUUCGUGGACUGGCUGCGGCAGAACGGCGUCGAGGUCGUCGUCUUCGAUAUGGACCAGACCAUGAGCAGCGACCACUGCGGCGAUGGCCUUCCCAACCACAGGCUCCAGGAGUACAUCGAUCGUGCGAGCGCCGACUUCGUGGAGGCGGCCCCAGUGCUGAGGUUCGGCGGGUUCAGGCUGGCCGUCGCCACGGGCAGCGACCCGGCCGAGUACGACCUGGAGGGCAACAGCCGCACCACGCACAUCCCGGCUGGCUGGAGACCCCCGAGCCGGCCGGGGGCCCCGUCCUGGGCCCGGACCUGGCGGCGGAGUUGGUGCGGCGGCGGUGCCCCGAGGCCCUGCCUGGCCUGGGCAUCCUGGUCGGCUACGACAGCAGGCUGCACGGCGAUCUUCCUGCCGAGCGAGGCAAGAGGCAUCACAUGAGGAGGAUACAGCAGCACUACGGUGUCCCCUUCGGCAAGAUGUUGCUGCUAGUCCUGGAGGGUUCCAAGGGCGGCUGGGGCAGAGAGGGUUUGCCCGUCUCCCUCGGUUUCGACCUUUUUCCAGGGCCAGGCGGAGAUUUCAAGUCACCAUCGAGAAAAGGAUCCUGAGGGACAGGACUGCGGUCCAAUGCUUGCCGGUUUCAGCCUUCGUCGGCACCAGGAGCGGCAAACACCGAUUCGUGAGAAGUUUGGCCUGAUCCAGCUCGACAGUCCUUCAAUGCUGCUUGGGAAGUGCUGGUCGCGCCCAGGGUAACCUCCCAGGAGUUGCGACCCUUCUCUCUGCCCUGGCACUUUUUCAGCCCUCUGGUAGACGACAGCAGGGCGAACCUGGAGAACGAGGACGGGUGGCGCGGCGUGUUGGUGCGGGACGCGUCCGUGGGCUUCCGCUUCGAGGAUUGCCUCGACGCCUGCGCCCCGGCGCGGGGGCCCUGACCCCGGGGGCGGUGGCCGCUGAGCCGCCUUCCUUCGUUCCUCCAUCCUUCCUCCUCCUUCAUCGUGUGCCCUACUCCUUCACUACCUCGUCCCUCAAGCUGAUCAAGAAAAUGUUGCGUGAGGGCGUGGUCCGACAACUGUGCCGCCUUUCGGGCGAGAAGCUCGGGCUCGGCGCCAGGCUGUGCUAUGAUUAUGUGAUCCGUGACCUCAGCAGCUCCAAGUUUAAGCCGUUGGAGAAGGGCUCGAUAAGAGCUAAUGUGUGCGGGGCUUGCUGGAUCAAAUAGAGAGCCGUCCAGUGUGGGUACCAACUCCAGGA